AUGGAUCUCUGUAACUCUUCUGUCACCGACUGCUUGAGAGAGAUGACUUCAUCGGAGAGAGGCAACGGAGAAGAGAUGAUGGAUCUCCACGGGGAGAGAGAGAUAAGUGGACAGCCAAGAGGUAAUAUAGUCCCCGAAAGGGGUCUGCCUCAAGGAGAUCCUAUGUCUCCUUUCAUUUUCAUCUUAUUCACGGAAGCGCUCGUUAGCCUUCUAAAUCAUGCUGAGAGUCAAGGUAAGAUAACGGGGAUGCACGUCUCACGUGCUAGCCCCCCGGUUUCACACCUUCUCUUUACUGAUGAUAGCUUGUUUUUCUGCAAGGCGGAGCACCGUGAGUGCGAUGAAAUAAUGAAAGCAAUAGGAACCUAUGGCACUGCUUCUGGACAAUGCAUUAAUUUUGAUAAGUCAUCCCCACCCUUUGGUAAGAGGAUACCUGGACAUGUGAAGGACGCGAUUAAAGACUCUACUGGUAUAACAAAUGAAGGAGGAAUGGGGUCAUAUCCUGGUAUCCCUGAGGAUAUUAGUGGAUCAAAAGUAAGGCUCUUUGCCUUUCUAAAAGAGAGAUUACAACUCUGA